AUGGAACCCGCGUGUUCGCUGGCGGUCCCCUCGCUGUUCGGAGCAGAGAAAGGAGCCUCAGGUCUGAUUGGGGAGAAGCAGCUCUUUGAGAAGUUUUGGAAAGGGACGUUCAAGGCUGUGGCCACCCCGCGGCUGGAGAGCGUGAUCAUAGCCAGCAUCAAGGCACGCACCAGGGUCGCAGAUGGCAGAUGGUUGGCUGCAGAGCGUCCUGGGGAAAUACGAGGCAGAAUGUCGAUAUGGUUGGGGGCUUCUUACCUCAACAUACGGUGCUUUAACGAGGAAGAGCGGAGAUGGUUUUGGAGGGGCUUGUAA